GUUCCUCAUCCCGUGUCCCAAACUCCAUGCAAGAAGCGGAUACUUCCUCGGUUAUUCGUCCUCGCGAAGCCUCCGUCACUGCCGGAGGAGGAAGAGAGCAGGAGACGGGGAGCACGGAGAUGGAUAGUCUGCUACUGAUGCUCUCAUGCGAAGAGAAGCAGCGGGGCGAGGUCGGCGGCGCGAGCAGGCCCAGUGGCGCCGGCGGGGUCCGCCAGUUCGAGUGCAAGACCUGCAGCCGCCGGUUUCCGACGUUCCAGGCGCUCGGAGGCCACCGGACGAGCCACACAAGGCCGAGGGGGCGUGGAGACGGGUGCAACCCGGUGCAGAAGAUGAGGCCGAAGCUUCACUCCUGCCCCGUGUGCGGCUUGGUGUUUCCGAUGGGCCAGGCUCUCGGCGGCCACAUGCGGCGGCAUAAGACGGCGGCGCCGGACGCGCAUGCCGCGAGGGAAGGUGGUGCGAGGGAGCUUCGGUGGCUGGACUUGAACUUGCCGCCGCUGGAGAACGAAUUGCAGCUCCAAAGUCUUGGAUUCCGAUACACGGCAGAAGGAUCUGCAACGCGAGAUUCCUCCAGUUAUUCAUCGCAUAGUGCAUGAUGAUGAUUUGAUGACUAUAUAUCUAUUUUGGAUGAAUUCCUUUCAGGAGAAGCAUUGUUCAUAUCCUCAUCGCCUCAUUCAUUUCUUUUUCUUGCUUUGAUUUCUUCAUUACAUUACAUAUGGUGUUGGAUUUUAAUUUGGCUCUAAAUUUGUUGGUUUCUUAGGGUUCAUA